GCGUUGUUUUGAAAAUCAAACAUUCCAGAAUAUUGCCCUGCAUUCCCAAACAAACUAUUUCGGGACAAGUGCUACAGCCGCGGAACCAGUGCAGUCGACUAACUGGCUCGCGUCAUUCGCUUGCAGUAGAGCAGUGACAGAUAUUUCCGUUGCUUCCGGCGCCAACUGGCGAAAACCGGGCCAGCGAGCUCAGUGGUCGCGGCCAAACACCAUGUGCAAAAUAAAACACGAGCCCGUGGCAACUCCAGCAGCAACCUCAUCGACAUAAGCACGGGGCACAGAGGAUUAGGCGGAACCUGCAGCUUUCCGCUUUCGACGGACAGCGCAGACACACGGAAACGGAAGUGGCCAGAGCGAGGCCAUAAAACGCAGCGCAUAGGAACAGUAUUGAGACAUCAGGCAGCUCCAGGAGCAGCGCCCCGCACAUGUACGCCGCCCUGAUGGACGUGGGCCAGACGCUGGCAGCCAGGCUGGCAGAUGGUGAGGGCAACGACAGCGGACUCCUGGCAACGAGACAAGGUCUGGAGCAGGAGCAGGAACAGGAGCAGGAGGGUCUGGCACUGGGGAUGGCCCACAACGCCAGCGCCGACGGCGGAAUGGUACCGUAUGUGCCCGUGCUGGACCGCCCGGAGACGUACAUUGUCACCGUGCUGUACACGCUCAUCUUCGUUGUGGGAGUCUUGGGCAACGGCACACUGGUCAUCAUCUUCUUUCGCCACCGCUCCAUGCGCAACAUACCCAACACAUACAUUCUCUCACUAGCCCUGGCUGAUCUGUUGGUCAUACUGGUGUGUGUACCCGUGGCCACGAUUGUCUACACGCAGGAGAGCUGGCCCUUUGAGCGGAACAUGUGCCGCAUCAGCGAGUUCUUCAAGGACAUAUCCAUCGGCGUGUCCGUGUUCACACUGACCGCCCUGUCCGGCGAGCGGUACUGCGCCAUUGUGAAUCCCCUACGCAAGCUGCAGACCAAGCCGCUCACUGUCUUUACUGCGGUGAUGAUAUGGAUCCUGGCUAUCUUGCUGGGCAUGCCCUCGGUUCUGUUCUCCGACAUCAAGUCGUACCCCGUGUUCACAGCCACCGGUAACAUGACCAUCGAAGUGUGCUCCCCAUUUCGCGACCCAGAGUAUGCCAAGUUCAUGGUGGCGGGCAAGGCACUGGUGUACUACCUGUUGCCACUCUCCAUCAUCGGAGCGCUCUACAUCAUGAUGGCCAAGCGGCUCCAUAUGAGUGCCCGCAACAUGCCCGGCGAGCAGCAGAGCAUGCAGAGCCGCACCCAGGCGAGAGCCCGUCUUCAUGUGGCGCGCAUGGUGGUGGCAUUCGUGGUGGUGUUCUUCAUUUGCUUCUUUCCGUACCACGUGUUCGAGCUGUGGUACCACUUCUACCCAACCGCAGAGGAGGACUUCGAUGAGUUCUGGAACGUGCUGCGCAUCGUCGGAUUCUGCACGAGCUUCCUAAACUCGUGCGUCAACCCCGUGGCCCUCUACUGCGUGUCCGGGGUGUUUCGGCAGCACUUUAAUCGCUACCUCUGCUGCAUCUGCGUGAAGCGCCAGCCGCACCUGCGGCAGCACUCAACGGCCACUGGGAUGAUGGACAAUACCAGUGUGAUGUCCAUGCGCCGCUCGACCUACGUGGGGGGAACCGCUGGCAAUCUGCGGGCCUCGCUGCACAGGAGCAGCAAUCACGGAGUCGGUGGCGCUGCAGGAGGAGGAGGAGGAGGAGGGUCAGGACGUGUGGGCAGUUUUCAUCGGCAGGACUCGAUGCCCCUGCAGCACGGAAACGCCCACGGAGCUGGAGCGGGCGGGGGGUCCUGCGGACUUGGAUCCGGCGGGAGGACGGCGCCUGUGUGCGAAAAGAGCUUUAUAAAUCGUUACGAGAGUGGCAGAAUGCGCUACUAA